AGGAUGCACGAGGAGACAGUGAGGCUGAUAAAACGAUAAAACAGAGAAACCUUAACGCUAAAUGAACGUUAGCUCGUAACAUUAGCUGGAUUUAAGCUAACGUUAGCGCUGCUGUGAACACUGAUGUGAUAUUUUAGCGCUAAAAACAUAAAUAUUAGCUCCUCUUUCACCAUUAAACGAUCAGUCUUCAACACUUGAGACGAUCUUUCUGUCCAAGUUCUCCUCUCCUCAUCGGCUGAUGUGUAAGGACGGAUUCAGAGCUGGGCCAUCAUGAUGCCAGUGAGCUUUCUGGGCACUCAAUGGCUGACCAACUCAACACCAGCAUCAUGUCGGUAAAUCCUCCCAGCAGUAACGACGCCUGCCUCAGCAUCGUCCACAGCCUCAUGUGUCACCGGCAGGGCGGGGAGAAUGAAGGCUUCGCCAAGCGGGCGAUCGAGAGCCUGGUGAAGAAGCUGAAGGAGAAGAAGGACGAGCUGGACUCGCUCAUCACUGCCAUCACCACCAAUGGCGUCCAUCCCAGCAAGUGUGUGACCAUUCAGAGGACGCUGGACGGACGCCUGCAGGUGGCAGGCAGAAAAGGUUUCCCUCAUGUGAUUUACGCUCGUCUGUGGCGUUGGCCUGACCUCCACAAAAAUGAACUCAAGCAUGUGAAGUUCUGCCAGUACGCCUUUGACCUGAAGUACGACAACGUGUGCGUGAACCCAUACCACUAUGAGAGGGUGGUGUCUCCAGGCAUCGUCGGUCUCAGCCUUCAGAACACUGCACCUCCAGGUGGGCUGAUCAAAGAGGAGUACAUCCAUGACUGCAUACAGAUGGACCUUCCGCCCGGCAUGCCUCUGUCUGAACACCAAAAUGCCAUGAAGCUGCCCCCACCAGACCACUAUGGCCAGCCACUGCCCCCUCCACAGCUGCCCUCCGAGCCCCAUGGACCCCCACCCGUCAGCCGAUACACCAACCUGCCCGUCUCACCCAAAGUGUCCAGCUCUGGACCCAUGAUGCCUCUGCAGGGAGGUCACGGUGAUGGCCGCCUCCAAACCGCGUCCCCACAGACUCCAGUCAUGACUCCGACACCUAGAUCUCCAACUCCAACCCAGCCUCCCCCUCAUCAACAGGCACCUCAGCAGCAGACACAGCCCCCCCACCAACAACAGCCCCCCCACCCCCCUCCUCACCCCCAUGGGCAGAACGGAUACAGCAGCAAUAAACACGCCCAGAGCCAGGCCGCCUUCCACACAGUGUGGACAGGCAGCAGCACGGCCUCCUACACUCCCAUUGGACCUCAACAGAAUGGACGUGGUCACCAACAGCCCCCCCUCCACCACCCGAACCACCACUGGUCUCAGCACCAUGGCUCUGCCUCCUUCCCUCCUUCGGUGUCCAACCAUCCAGGUCCAGAGUUCUGGUGCUCCAUCUCCUACUUUGAGAUGGAUGUUCAGGUUGGCGAGAUGUUUAAGGUUCCCUCCAGCUGUCCUGUGGUCACUGUAGACGGAUACGUCGACCCAUCAGGAGGGGACCGCUUCUGCCUCGGCCAGCUGAGCAAUGUCCACCGCACAGAUGCCAGUGAGAGAGCCAGGUUGCACAUUGGUAAAGGUGUUCAGCUGGAGUGUCGUGGUGAGGGUGAUGUAUGGAUGCGCUGUAUGAGUGAUCACGCCGUAUUUGUUCAAAGUUACUACCUCGAUCGAGAGGCGGGUCGAGCACCAGGCGACGCCGUUCACAAGAUCUACCCCGGGGCCUACAUCAAGGUGUUUGACCUGCGGCAGUGUCACCGGCAGAUGCAGCAGCAGGCGGCAACGGCUCAGGCUGCAGCAGCGGCUCAGGCAGCCGCUGUGGCAGGAAACAUCCCUGGUCCAGGCAGUGUCGGAGGGAUCGCACCUGCAGUCAGUUUAUCUGCAGCAGCAGGGAUCGGCGUGGACGACCUGAGGCGGCUCUGCAUCCUGCGGCUCAGUUUUGUGAAAGGCUGGGGGCCCGACUACCCCCGUCAGAGCAUCAAACACACCCCCUGCUGGGUGGAAGUCCACCUGCACCGCGCUCUGCAGCUUCUGGAUGAGGUGCUGCACACGAUGCCUUUGGCCGACCCGGGGCCUGCUAACUGAGGACCACGACCACGUUUAAGUCCCUGAUGUGGAUCCUCUGAAUGUGCACACAGACACACACUUUAGCUUCAGGCCAAAAAGAGAAAAAAAAAUCAAAGAAAAUCAAUCAGAAACAGAGAUCAUGCUCGUAACAAUCAAUGCACCCACCCACAUACACUGUAACCAAAAUGAGUGCUGAUGUCUUUGGGAUCUCCCUCUAAAGUCUGGAGUUCUGACCAAUCGCUCUCCUAAAGAUGUUCAUAUGCACUGUAGAAAUCCAGGGAUUUGUUUCAGAAAUCCAGUUCCCUCGUAUGCAAUCUGGAUUUCCUCUAAUAGUUCUGCACAUUCACUCAUAAAAAAAACACACACAUGUAAAAAUCACUCACAAUGAAAACACUCCUGACAGAUACGUGCUUACCUCCGAAUCAUGCUGAUGUAGACGUUUGGAUUAUUAAGGAAAGCGGUGUAACGUCAUCUCUGUGCUCGUACUGUGCUCUUCACUGUUAGCAUUAAUAGCUGGUUAGCCCUCCUACAGUAUAACGCCCAGCUCAAGCUGUAUUAUUUUUGUACCAAAAAGACUAAAAAGCCAAAAACAGUUAGCUUUAAAGUGGUGUUGUUGUUCUCUGUGAUGAAGCAGUGCUACCCCGUGUGUAACCAAAUGGUUGGUGUGAAUCACCGGAACCAGAAUACCUCAUAACUGCAGUGCAAAGUCACCGUUUAGUUUUUAUCGCCUGAAGCGCACACAUACAUCAUCGCUGACGGAGCAUGAAAACCUUAUGAUAGCAUCCUGACUCUAACACAAAAUUAUCUCUAUGCUUUUUAUCUGAUUUAGCUUUAAAAUGCACCAUCAGGUAGUUCAGAAAGGAACCUCAAAUACUCAUGUCUUUAACCCAGAUUCUUUUUUUUUACUUAAUUAAGGCCCAAAAAUAAAAGAAAGAUUUCUUCAUCUGCGAAGUCUGCAACAUAAUCCUGAUUAAUCCAAGAUUGUCCACUAAAGGUUUUGUUUUAGUCACAAAUAGGUCGUUUCCACCAAGCGGUCCGGCUCAGUUCGGUGCGGAACGGCACACAUAUUUUGCGUUUCCAUAGAGCAAAAGUUGGAAAGGGUCCCAAAAAAUGGCCCAUACCGUCCCACUUUCCAGCACCCUUCCGUUGGGGUACCAAUCUUACCUAUCUGUCCCAAAAAGGUGGAGCUACACACACAACAAUCGGAGGCCACACUGACGUCACAUCAGAGCGCAACAUAGCAGCUCGGCUCCGUGCAGCAAAAAACGGGAGAGCAACGGACUAAUAUCUGCUUAAAUUGAGGAUAUUUGGACUCGACAGAGAUCCAAACUGUUUCCUAGUCUGUGGAUAUUGAUAUAUGGCCACAAAUCAAGUUUCCUGAUGUUUAUCUUGUCCUGAUUUUAAGAACACAAAGCAGAACCUGAAGGAACACAUCAGCCUGGUCUAUCCUUAAUGGAUGUGAAACUUUAGAAGCCUUAGAUCAGUUCAUUCUCUGUACUGUAACUAGUUAUUCAUCUAAGUAGCUGGACCAGCAGACUCGUGCUGUCUGUGACUUCACAUGCAUAGCUUUUACAGCCCGCCCACCAAGUGAGAGCAUGGGUGUCUGUGGAAACGCAAACUUAUUUUGGGGUUGAGCGUACCAAACCGUACUGAAUCAAACCGGACCCUUUGAUGGAAACCAGGCUUAACAGGCUGAUACUGCUGUUCCAGGUGUCUGGCAGUGUGUCCCAACAACACAAGCAAACUUCAGCAAUCAAAUCAGCUAAAUCCAGUUAUUCUCUGUUGGUGUGUCCCAACAGCCCACGAGCAAAGCAGUGCAAUGCAAUGUUUUGUUUUUACUCCAUCUUUCUAUUUUCCCUUCAAUCACUCGCUUAGACGUGGACGGGGAUUGAGAAAUGAGGGAGACUGACAAGGCGCUGGGAGUGUCCUCUGGGAAAAGGCUCUUGAAUUUUUUCACUUCUCUCUCAAAGCUUGUGAGGUUUUGCACUUUAGCCCAAAACACGCCAGUGCUGUCUGGCGUACGUCCGAACAAUCGCCCACAUUAUUUUCUAAGUAUAAACCCACACUAGUGGGCAGAUAAACCUGGACACAACGCACCAAGACACUUUUAUACAGAAUAUUAUCCUGGGAGAAGAGCUGUUUUGUACAUCUCAGCCACCAUAGUAGCAGCUCUGUUUGAGAGCACAGAAGCAGAUUUAGCGCCAUCUUCCAUUUAAGGUGUAGAAAACGUGGGAGGCCUUGGUUGCUGGUUAAAUACCACUGUUCUUAUUGUUUUUUUCACUCACAUUAUAAUAUGAACUAAAGUGAAAAUUUAUCCCAUAUUACAUGAUGAAAAGUUACUACCCUCUGAUGUUUCUCAGCCAGCUCUUUCCAAGGAGACAGCUAAAUUGACACUAAUGAAGUGGUUGUGGUUAAAGGUUUACUCUAGCAUUAAUUUCAUCCAUGCUUUGCUCCAUCUCCAGCGGCAGCUGGUAAUAAAUAGACUCAAAGACUAUUUUGAGUAAAUAUUUGUCACUCUGGAAAAAUUACUCCCCAGAGAUUGAUCGUUGACACAUUGCGGCUGGAUUGUGCUACACAGUAAAAUAUUUAGUUUUAAUUUAACUCCAUAGUAUUAAAUUGAACACUUUUUUGUGUUGAUAUAAUUCUCACCAGUUAAGUUAAAAUCGAACACUUUGGAAAGUUUUAAUAUUUAAACUGUCUCAUAGUGUCAAUUUUUAACACUUACAGUGCUGGUUUUUUACACAUUAAAGUGUACUUUUAACACAAUAUAGGGUUUUUUCCUUUUACUUUAUAUGUAAGUUUAAGCUUUCAAGUGUUGCCACCUUGCAUUUAAUAAUUUGCUGCUAUCAGGCCAAACCCUCAUCUCUCCAAAAUCACCACUUUCCAGUGUAGGAAAAAACAGUUUUAUUUGUUGUUUGUUUGUUUGUUUGUUUGUUUGUUUUUUACAAAAGAUUAAAAACUAACUGGUCAUAGUCAGCAUCUUUUAUGACAUUUAUUAUUGGUUAAAUUUUUUUUAAAACAAAACAAGAAAAGACAGAUGUCAAGGGUGAACAAAAGCACUGAUAAAUAAGAUAAUAAAUAAUGGAGAUAUGAGGUUUGGGCCUUACCCCAGCAAACUGUGGCUGAAUCAGAUAUCUCUUGGCGCGGAGAAAAGAAUCAAAUGUAGAGCUAGGAAAUGCACGCUGGUAAAGCAAAGCAUUCCAUCCUUUACUGAAAACCGUCCUUUGCCACAGGCAGAAAGUCACUAACUCAGUGGAUGUCUUCACUCGUGGUGCAGAAGUGCCUAACAUCAAAAACAACAACAAUCUACCAGAAACAUGAGCAAAGAAAUCCCAACAGGGAUCGUUGUACAAAAGGCAACAUUUAAACACACCUGAACGUAUAAAAAUAGUGUUAAAGACAUCUAAACACUCUGCUCAAGGGCAUGAUGGGAAAACUUCUAGAUUUUAAGUUGCCAUAGACGGAGCUUAGACCAGUUGACUCUUUAAGGAGUUGGACUUGCAUGGAUGGAUCAAUACUGUCAAAAACUCUGACACUGACGGCGGUUUCACUCAGAAUUGAGUUAAAAAAUACACUUUGAAAGUCAAAAUCAACUCUGAAGUGAAAUUGUAGCUGUUUAGGGGCAAAACUAAAGACACGUCAUAUGACGUGACUCCAGUGUGUUUUGGGCUUAGGAGUGCUACGUAUAGAAAAUGCUUGAAGCCUUUGGUGCUGAAAUGAUCCAUGAUAUUUCCCCACUGUGAGUAUAAUCAGCAAAAACAAGCAGAGAUUGGCUAGAGAGCUUUCAAGGCAUGUCAGUUUUCUGCUUUAGGCUCAAACAUUAACGAAAACUGUGGCUUGUGGGAGAGUUUCACCUAUAAAAAUAAUGAAAUCAUGUUGGCAGUCAGUUGCCUGUUUAAAUCCGUUGAUUGAUCAGGCGCCCACAUACAGAGGCUAGAGUCCUUGACUACAGGAUCACAUCCUGGCGUUAUUUGGUGCACGUCUUCCCCUGCUCUCCCUGUACUUCCUGUCUCUUUAGCUGUCCAGUCUGAUAACCUCAGUUGUUGGAAAAUUAAAGUGGAAAUACAAAAAAACAAGCAAAGUUGUAGACAAUCCUUGGCAUUUAAUCAUUAAAUUUAAUAAGUUAGGGUUAUAUUGACAUUUAAAAAUUUUAAUUUAUGCACCCUAUUUUAACUUUUUAUGCAUAUAACGUAGCUGACUUUUUCCGUUUUAUUUUUUAGUUUCUUAUAAGAAUCUGCUCUUCAGGGAAAAGCAAUAAAAGGGAAUAAAAUAAAUAAAAUGAAAUGAAAUAAAAGGAUAUACAAAGAUUGACCACAAAUGCAAUUAUAUGCAUAAAAUAAAUGAAAAACAAAUAUAUUAAUAAAUAUAAAUGAAGAAAUAUGUUAAACUAGCAUGUUGUUGUUUUGUAAAUCUAUCAUAUAUUUCGAUAUUUAUUUAUUCUUUUAUUAACCUCUUAAAUUUUCUAAGUAGUUCCUACGAGUACUAAAUUGAGGUUUAACGUCAAAACGGGUUUGUGUGUCUGGAGUCAGGAUGUCUUAGCCCAGCUCAGACCAAAUGUUUUACAAUGCAACAGGGAUGCUGCAGGGGACUGUUGCAACCGUCGAAGCUCAAUUUAGGCCGCUAACGGCGAUGCCGACAGCUGGAACAUAAGGUAUGUCUUGUGUUUAGCCCAGAGAGGAAGUCAGCUGGUCACGCCACUUACAAAGUCACCAUCAGGCGAUCCCUCUGUGAAAUCUUGUCUUGGUAGCAUAUGUUUGCUCUGGUUAUCAGAGACAAUAACCACUUCCAGGAGAAACUGGCAAAAGAUGGGAUUUCUAUGGCCUCUAACACAGUAUAAAUUGGCACCAGCCUCCUGUGUAUUCAUUUUUUUCUGCUCCUCCUUUGCCAGGUGGCAGCAGCCAAAUCAAGUCAGCUCAGACACCCCUCUUAGGGGAUCCUAAGGCAUUGCUACACCAAAUGUGUGUAUAUGAUACAUCCAGGGGUUUCCACCUUGACCUUCAGAGGAAGGCAUCAAUAUUAGAAGCCUGAACCACCUCAGCUGGCUCCUUUUGAUGCAGCAGUCUAAGUUUCAGCUCACCACGUUGUAACUCUUGGUCUGAACCGGGCUCAGUAUUUACUCUGUCAGUUAACAUGCGGUCCAGCUGCUUUACAAAGAUCAUGAACAUAUGCAUUUUAGUGAUAUUUGUGCCUUUUGUUGUCGACAGUAGAUGCACACACACUGGAUUGUGCAACGGACAGACAGACACGGCCUGUGUUUGUUCACCUGAAGAUUCAUGUCGUGAUUGUUGAUGGUUUUCUGUGUUUCUCCCUCAGGUAUCCGUGCAGCUCAUCGAAGAUAAUCACAAACUGGUUUAUAGAGAAUUAUUAACAAACACUCACUGUAUCUGAGUAGAAUUAUUUAUUGCCUUAGUCUUUGUGAGUGUAAAAUAUGAACGCUUGGCACUAUUUUAAUCUUAGCAUGGACGACACUAAUCGAUGUCAUAUUUAUCUGUUUCCUCCGCCCGCAUUCAGGGAAGUGUUCUGGUCAUUUUAUCACAAUCAACAGCAGAGGAUUGUCUAAUUUCUCUACAAUCACUUAAGCUGAGUUUCCACCAAGUGGUCCUGUUCUGGUACAGUAUUAAAUUAUUUGUAUUUCUACUCCCAAAAACUGUGAAAAAUUAACUGAUCUGUACCGUCCUACUUUUUCUUCUCUUUUAGUUGGGGUACCAGGUGUACAUGUCCAACCCUUAAGAGGGGAGCUGGACUCACUUCAGUCCGUUUACUUGAAAAAUCAUCACUUUCUUUAAACACUGGUGAGGCACAUAGACUCUUUGGGGUACUGAAUUGUUCAGGGCAAGUGAUGAGUGUAAUGAUGUGUUGUUCACAAACGAGCCAGUUCAAAAAGCUGACUCUUUUAUUUGAAUGAAGGGAGCCAGCUCCUGUUUAAGAAGUGUUUUUUUCCCAUUUAUGUUCUAAAAACAUAAUAAGCCAAAAUUGUACCAAUGAAGAGCGUUUUGGGAGCUGAAACAUCGGAUUUAAUUACUGAGCUGAGUCAGAUAAUCCAGAUCUCUAAAAAGAGACGAGGUCCCAUCACAGCGAGUGAGGCUGAAUGGAUAUCUGCCAUGGAAACCAUAGCAAGAUUAGGGUUAAUGUGCCAAAACAUGCUAGACUUUCCUGAACCAAACCGGACUGUUUGUUGGAAAUGCAGCAGGUCACACUAAUGACGGCCUCUGUUUGCUACCACUGUCUGUUUUUGUGCAUCACUAUUCGUUUAAAAUAAACAAAGAAUCAAAACAUCGAAGCAAAGAGUUCAUUCCUGUUUUUAGCUUGAAGUUUUAACAUCAGACAUUUGAUUGAAUUUUUACCGUUUCAGUUUUUUUCAGAAGUGAUUUAACAGCUUUGUGAAGGUAAUUUCAUACGAGAAUAUGGAGAUGCAAGAGUGCCAAACAAAUCUAUGAAAGAAUAAGAGCUUAAAGAGGGUUCAAAAAGGAUUAAAAGUAAAAUUUAGAUUUGUGGCAUUAAAACAUAAAAGAUUGAUUAAUUUGGGAAAAAAAAAACAAAUUAAAUAUAUAUUAUAAAAAUGAGUAAUGCUUUUAAUUAUUCUGACAUUUACACUAUAUAAAGAUAACCCUUUACUGACCCCUACAGUGAAAAAUGUAAUACAUGUUAUCAUAUCAUAUACAUUUUAAUUUUCUUAUGUAUUUCUUCAAAAGCCUCUCUUGUUCAAAUGUUAUUUUUUUCCGUCUGUGAUUUUUGUCAAAGUUUUCUUUUUUAAAAAUCUGUAUUUUGUCUCAGUUUUGAUGAUUUUAAAAGGCAAAGAUGUCCACAAAUCUGAUUUGAGCAAGCCUUUCUGCCUGAGCUUUGAGUGUCAUGAUAUGAAAAUGAGUUUAAAAUAAUUCUGAUAAUUAACACAAAAAUAUGACUUAGUCAAUGGAAAAUUAAUAAAUAAUUGCAUUCAUGCUAUAUAGAUAGCUGAGCAUAAACAUAAAUAUAACAACAAAAUGUGAAGUCAGUUAAAAAGUUUCUACUUAUUUAUUUUCUUGUAUUCUUUCAUGUGUGUACUGCAAUGUUAUAACACAUUUUUUUAUUUUAAGGCACUCUUGUGACUCCAUCGAUCAAUGCUCUAAACAGGCCGACUCCUUCUUUCCGUGGUUAAAAAGAAAAAUUGGGUUUUAUUUGGUACUAACUUGAGUGUAAAGCCUUUAAGUGAAGCUUUAUUUUAACCUACAUGCACAUUGAUUAUUAUUUAGCCAAAGCAGGAUUCUUCUUCCACAAAAAAUGUCACAUCUUUCCAUUUUUUUUACACAAAACGCCAGAGACAGAAAAGGCUGGAUUAUAUGGGAUAUGAAUUAAAAUGUCUCUCUAUGUGUUAGAAAUCAUUGAAAAAUGCAUAUUUGUUGAUAAAGCCUUUUUUUUAUUUUGUUUGAGAGUUUAUGACAUUUAAUGAAACUGCCAAUCCUGUCCAAACAAAAGAAGCAUUUCUGGAUCCAUCUUGAAUCUCUGUUCUGUUGUUUGUUUCCACAUUUUUGUUUUUUUUACAUGAUUGGUCAUCAAGUCUGUGCUUUGACAGUAAGAAAACAGUAAUCUAUGUAUCACUAU